AUGAUGUCAUAUCCAUUACGAGAAUAUAUUUCCUCUAAAAAAGAUGAUGAUUAUCAUCGGUCGUAUUCAUCAAAUGUACGAAAAACUUAUCCUGAAGAAUCGUCUUCAAAUCGUUUUCUCUAUUUGAUUGUUCUCAUCGUUCUCCUGAUAGUUCUUUCGAUAUUUUAUUCAUAUUAUACAUACAUGGAUCCAACUUGUUUCAAUGAGGAAUGUACAAGUUUUGUGUGUCAUGCGUAUUCGGAAGGUUUAGUUGGUGGUCAUUUAUGCCCAGAACUAUGCACAACGAAAACAAUUCAACUGCAGAAUUGUUUAGGCGCUCAUAAACAUUUUCGUUCACGGUUAUUUGAAGAUAAUGAUGAACAUCAAGUCAUUCGUUGCUAUUUAAGACAUCCACUGAGCAAAUCGAAUCCAUCGGGAGACGUGAAAGAACAUUUUGACUUUCCUCAAGAUGACGCGACGUUAGAUGUACUUUACAACGCACUGCAACAACAUGUUCAGCAAACAAUCACAUUAGAAAAUCCCGAAGCUUUCGUUGAACAAUUGAUGACUUUGGCUGAUUUUAACAAAGAUGGCAAAAUAAGUUUGUCUGAAGCACGUAGUAUUUGGUCACUUGUUCAAAUCGAUGAAUUCAUCUAUACAUUAUUACUCUCCGAUAAAUUUUACACACCAAAGAUAGUUGGUACAUGCGGUCAUAUAUUUGCAGUUGAAAAAGUCCUCAAUGCUAAAUUACCUUUCGAUGACAAACAAGAACUACUUACAGGAUCAGAACGACCGAAUUGGUACCAACGAGUACGAUUAGCUGUUGGAAUUACCGAAUAUUUCAGUGAUACAUGGCAUUAUCAAGAUUCUGAUCAACAUCUACAUUUAUGUCAACCAUUAGCUAAGUCAUUCGGCUAUGACAAAGAUUAUGAAUCUAAAAUGUUAAAAACUAAUCACAUCAUUUCGUCGAAAUCGAUCUUAUCUCGUCUUCCAAAUCAAUGUCGUUCGAACAAAGACUGUUCCUAUGAUUCGUAUUGUCAUGGAACAUGUAAUAUGUCAUCGAAUCUUUGUCAAAUGAGAGAAUUUAAUAAAGAUUCUCUCCAUGAACUCUGUUCGUUAUUAUCAUCAUUAGUUCAACCGGAUGCGAAUGUCACAUUUCUCACGGAAUUCAAUUUGUUGAAUCGACAAUGUCAACAAAUAGUGACAGAUGGAAGUAUUUAUAAUAGUGAUUUUAUGGAUUUAACUUCCUUACAAAUUCGACAGACACUUUUGUUACAAAAUCUGAAGAAUCUUUUUUGGACAAAUAUCGAAUAUCAAAUGAGUAAAAUAACGAAAAAAUCGACGAAGAAGCCUGCGCCUCCUCCUAUUCACUCAAUUAAAUAA